CUUUCUCUCUCUCUCAAAAAAAAAAAAAAAAGUUUGUCCCAUUUAGUUUCGGGAGAGAGACAGUGUUUGGUUCAUGGAGAGUGAGAGUAAUAAAGAGUAAAGACAUCGUUGGCGGCGGGAGAGAGAGAGAGAGAGAGAGGCGAAGCCGCGAAGGGUUUGCUUUUGGUUCUUUACAGAGAGAGAGGGCGCGAGGGGUUGUUUGCCGUAGGUUGCUUUUCUCGAUUAGAUUGUGAAGGUUGAAUUUUUCUUGCAAGAAUGAUGAAGCAGCACCUCCAUGGAACAACCAAUGUUGGUUUUGUGUUUGGAGAAGGCAUUAUGCUGGGGAGCGGUGCAAUAAUCACAACUUCCAACACGGAUGAAGGCGGCACUGAAUGUAAUGAAUUACUGUCAGAUCAGGAAGUCACAAUAUUUCAAUUAUGUUCCAAACCCAAAAUAUAUUGUACUUUGAUGGGGGAUGUCAAAGAAUGGCAUGAAAUGUACAGACAUUUGCUUGAACUGGAACCGCAAUCAGUGAGAGCAUCAUUUGACUGCGCAAAAAAGUAUUUAAAUGACUUCCUAAAAAAGAAUCGAAGGAGUGGGAAUAGUUUUGGCACAAUUAUUGCCGGAUACCACAAAGAAGAGGGCUUUCAAAUUCUAGGUGUUUCACUAGACAAGAAAAAAGUACGCGAAUACACUGAUCGAGAGUUUUCAAUAGGAUCUGGUGGUUUCUUUGCUGACCUAGUUCUUCUCAAAACUAAUGCUGACGGUUAUGCUAACAUGACCAAAGAAGUUGCUGUUAAUGUGGCCUUUGAAGCUCUAUUGCAAGGAAGUUUGAAAGAUUAUUGCUCCGGUGGAAUUCUGAGGGUGACAUACGUGCAUAAAGAUGGUUGCAUUUUUAUUACGUAUCGGGUUCUAGAUGUCUACAAAACACUAUACAAAACAUUGUAUGACUCAGCGGACAAGGAAGAACAAGCUACUUUGUUCUUGCUAUAUUCUACAAGUUUUGGUCCUAUUUUCAGAGGAGAUAAUAUACAAGCACUCAUAAGCGACAUCUGGUCAGGAGGACUAAAGAGUAUUAUCCAUUCUAAUAUCAUAGCAAAAAAGGCUUGCUUUUAUGUUCAUCGUAUAGUGCUCAAAGAUGAAGAGGAGGCUAUAAAAGCAUACGAUGACAUAAGCACUAAAAAUGCUAGGCCCAUUUAUCCUCAGGCUUUAGCUCAUAUUCGAAGCUACUUAAUUGAUUGUGUAAGAGAAAAAACUAGAGAGCAUGUUUACAUUGGAAGGAGCUCCAAGGAGUUGUUAGAAGGCAUAUGCAUGUUGAAGGAUGCAGAUACUUUAAAGUAUCAAUGAUCAGAGUGAAGUUAGAAUUUAAAGGCUCAAG